ACCCCAAUCUCCCACCAAUCAACAGUUGAUCAAGAAAAAAGCAAAGCAACACAAACAAAAUUGCUUAAAACUAUCAAAACCCAAAUGGCCAAAGAAGGUUUAGGGCUUGAAAUCACAGAGCUGAGGCUGGGGCUCUCCAGUGGUCCAAGAUUGGUGGACAAAAACGAGAAGAAAAGGGUUUUUUCAGAGAUUGCUGGCGGAGAUGGACAUAAUAAUAGCACAUCCGGUGAUGACGACCGGAAAAGCGAAACGAAGAACCAAGUUGUGGGGUGGCCUCCGGUGUGUUCUUACCGGAGGAAGAUUAAUAGCUUAAAUGAGACGUCCAAAAUGUACGUCAAGGUUAGCAUGGAUGGAGCUCCCUUUCUUCGUAAAAUUGACUUGAGCAUACACAACCAGUACGCAGAUCUUGCUGUGGCAUUGGAGAAGCUAUUUGGUUGUUUUGGCAUCGGCUCGGUGUUGAAGGAUGCAGAAAACUGCGAAUUUGCUCCUAUUUAUGAAGACAAAGAUGGAGACUGGAUGCUAGUGGGAGACGUCCCUUGGGAGAUGUUUACUGAGUCAUGCAAGAGGCUGAGGAUCAUGAAGAGAUCGGAUGCCAAGGGAUUUGGACUGCAGCCCAAGGGCUUCCUCAAGGCAACUAUGAAAGAUGAUCCUAUAUAAUCUCUUCCCAGAAGAAGUCAAAAAUGGAGAUCGAUUUGACUGCAUUUGAUUUCCUCAUGUCAUGAUAUGCAUGCUUUUUUUUUCUUUCUUUCUUCAUAUAAUCAGUAGUUAAUUGCUGGCUUUAAGCAGAAAGCUCUUGUUUUAAUUACAAACGUGAAACUUUGAUGUUAAGAUUGGUAUAAGGCACUAGAAAUUAAGGGGAGAUCAUUUUCCUCCACCUUCAUCAUUUCCUUCAUAUAUGUGUUUAAAACGACAGUUCAUUCCAUUGUAUUAUUUUACUAUUUUCUUGGUGCUUCAGUUUAAUGAUGAAUUCUAGUUCUCGCUCAAA